CGCCCCUCCUCGGCGCUCAGGGCCCAGCUUUCUUGGUUGCACGUGUAGUUGUUGUAGUUCGUCCUCACGUGACAGCGGAAGUGCAGGCACCUCAGGCCCCGCCUCAAAGAUGGCGGCGCCCAGUGCAUUGGUCCGCGACCCUCCUCUGGUCAGUUAAGAAUUGUAACCUUGAAGGUGUCAGCUGGGCCAUGGACGGACCUGGAUUCACGGCCUCACUGGUGGAAAAUCUACAUUUAGGUGGAAGGUUCUUUGACUGUGGCAAAUAGCUCGUGGACUGAUAGGCUGGUGGGGUAGCAGGUGUGUCUGUUGACUUGAUAUUAUUUCCUCUGGAUACCAUUAAAACGAGGCUGCAGAGUCCCCAAGGAUUUAAUAAAGCCGGUGGUUUUCGUGGAAUAUAUGCUGGCGUUCCUUCUGCUGCUAUUGGAUCCUUUCCUAAUGCUGCUGCCUUUUUUAUCACCUAUGAAUAUGUGAAAUGGUUUUUGCACACUGAUUCAUCUUCAUAUUUGAUGCCUGUGAAGCAUAUGUUGGCUGCCUCUGCUGGAGAAGUGGUUGCCUGCCUGAUUCGAGUUCCUUCUGAAGUAGUUAAGCAGAGGGCACAGGUUUCUGCUUCUUCGAGAACAUUUCAGAUUUUCUCUAACAUCUUAUAUCAUGAGGGCAUCCAAGGAUUGUAUCGAGGCUACAAAAGCACAGUUUUAAGAGAGAUUCCUUUCUCGUUGGUCCAGUUUCCCUUGUGGGAAUCCUUAAAAGCCCUCUGGUCCUGGAGGCAGCAUCACGUGGUGGAUUCUUGGCAGUCAGCAGUCUGUGGAGCUUUUGCAGGUGGGUUUGCAGCUGCAGUCACCACGCCUCUGGAUGUGGCAAAAACAAGAAUCAUGUUAGCAAAGGCCGGUUCCAGCACUGCCAGUGGGAAUGUCCUCGCUGCCCUGCAUGGGGUCUGGCGCACGCAGGGGCUGUCAGGAUUAUUUGCAGGUGUCUUCCCUCGAAUGGCAGCGAUCAGUCUGGGAGGUUUCAUCUUUCUUGGUGCUUAUGAGCAAACUCGCAGCUUGCUGUUGGAACUUGGCAGAGAGCACCCGUGAAUCAGAGCCGGCCCCGCACCCACUUCUGCUGUGAGGGACCUGCUGUGAGAACCACCUCCCUCCGGGAGCAGCUGUUCGGCCCUCUGAACAACAGGACACAGCACUCAAGCCCAGCUCGGCUAAGAUUACGAAUGGAGAAUGCGUCUUCCGUGCUACAGGCCGUCUGGAGUGAUGUCAUCUGCCUAUAUGCCAGACAGUUCAGAGAAAACCAUGUCCACAGCGGUACUUGGAACCAUUUUCUCAGAACCCUUAAUAAAUGCGUUUGGUAAUGCUGAG